GCUGAACCCGCGGGAUAGAAAGAGAAUCGAGCGUCCGUACGAGUCAGAACGGUUCUGCUAUAGUUGAGCGUCGGACAAUGAACGAGUGCCGGAUCGAUCUACUUGUUUUCGACGUGACUCGGAUAAGUGAAUCGUAGGGAUCGCGUUGUGUGCGCUAGGUGGUCGAACAAAAUGUGUAAUCAUAGACAGAGGAUGGUUAGGCUAGACACGAAAAUAAUUACGUGCCAGUGCUGAUUCUUCGGUUAUGUCAGUGCGUUAAGUCAAAAUGGCAGCCACGUUAACCGUCGAGCAAGAACAGGCUACGAAAGAGUUUAUCGAAGCUGUGAACAAGUGUAGAGCUGGUAGAAGAACCGGUCCGGUAUCCUGGAGUACAGCAGUGAAAUUUUUGACCGCAAGGAAAUUUGAAGUCGCAAGAGCAUUAGCCCUUUACGAACAGCACGAAGCUACCAGAAGGAGAGAAGGUCUUGCAUUAUUGUAUCCGACUCAGGAACCUUUGCUCAGCGAAUUACGCACAGGAAAAUUUACUGUAUUACCUUCAAGGGAUGCUACAGGGGCAGCCAUAGCUAUUUUUACAGCACAUUUGCACCUACCACAAAACACAACCCAUCAAACGACGCUACAGGGUGUUGUGUAUCAAUUGGAUGCAGCUCUCGAAAGUGUAGAGACUCAAAAGCAUGGUCUGGUAUUUAUUUAUGACAUGUCGGACAGCAAAUAUCAGAAUUUCGACUAUGAUCUUUCACAAAAAAUUCUUACUCUUCUAAAGGGUGGUUACCCGGCAAAAUUGAAGAAAGUUUUAAUAGUGACCGCGCCGUUAUGGUUCAAGGCGCCGUUUAAGAUCCUUCGAUUAUUCGUUCGUGAAAAAUUGAGGGACAGAGUAUUCACCGUAUCCAUUCCUCAAUUAACGUUACACAUCCCACGGGAAUCAUUACCGCAUCGUUUGGGUGGCACGUUGGAGGUACAGCAUGAGGCAUGGCUGCUCCACUGUCUUAAAUCCAUGACAAACAGGGGCGGGGGUGAACUUUGCGAGGUUACCCCCAAAGUGGGUACUCCUCUUUCGCCCACAUCGAAAAAUCACACGGUUCAUCAGAACCCGAAUGGAACAACGGUUAGUAGCUCGACUAGUCCUAUAAUCGAUAAGAGUAAAGUGAAAAAUGGUAUCUCGAAUAUCGGCGAUAUCGAGAUCACGAAUGGUGAUGUAUGGAUGGGAAACGACGAAGCACCGUCUCCAGUUCAGCCUCCGUCCUCGGCUAGUUCAGGUUUUAGCGACGACGACAGCCUCCACGGUGAUCUUGGCCUCCAGGCUGUUACCAUGGAGCAACUUAUCGAGGAGAUACAUUCGAGGGGACGCGCUGGACUCAUAGCAGAGUACGCGGAAAUUAGGCAAAGACCGCCGGAAGGUUCCUUCAACAACGCAAAAUUAAGGUCUAAUCAACCGAAGAAUCGGUACACCGACGUACUUUGCUACGAUCACAGUAGAGUUUGCCUGUCGCAAGUAGACGGUGACGCCACAUCCGAUUAUAUAAAUGCUAAUUUUGUUGAUGGUUAUAAGCAAAAGAAUGCGUUUAUCAGCACUCAGGGUCCCCUUCCGAAAACUUGUGGUGAUUUUUGGAGGAUGGUUUGGGAACAGCAAACGCUUGUCGUUGUUAUGACUACUAGAGUGGUAGAACGAGGACGCACGAAAUGUGCACAGUAUUGGGGUCCAGAACCGGGCGACGAAGUACAAGCGGGUGGUUUCACGGUAACUACCCUCGAAGUCGAUACCAAUCCCGAUUAUACGAUAUCCAUGCUUCUCCUUACAAACAACAAGACUGAUGAGGCAAGAGAGGUUUGCCAUAUGCUGUACACAGCGUGGCCGGAUUAUGGUGUUCCACAGUCGGCCAGAGCUUUGCUACAGUUUCUAGCCUUAGUAAGACAACAACAAAAUAAGUUACUAGCGAGCAGAGGUGAUACAUGGGCCGGACAUCCCCGAGGACCACCGAUAGUGGUGCACUGUAGUGCUGGCAUAGGAAGGACAGGAACGUUUUGUACGUUAGACAUUUGCAUAUCGCGGCUAGAGGACACUGGGACCGUAGACAUUCGCGGGACGGUGGAAAAAAUUCGAGCACAGAGGGCCUACAGUAUUCAAAUGCCAGACCAAUACGUGUUUUGUCAUCGUGCUCUGGCGGAGUACGCGCUUUCCAGAGGGAUGCUUAGCCCGCAACAUCUUGCUAUGUUACCUCCAACCAUAGAAGAAGAUUCUGACUAGAGUAUUAAGCUCUAUUAUCAUGUACCAGAUUGAUGUUCUUCCCGAGUAUGCAUAAUAGUCUCCUCAAAUAGCCUGUUUCUAGCUUAAAUAACUGAAAGUUAUUUUUUGCUAUCAUCUCCAUCGAUGUAAUAUUUCAGGUUUCUAUUCUUCUGUUAGGCUAUACGUUUAGAGAAUAAUCGAAAGAAGAUGGACUAGUUUUUUCAAGGCCAAAUCCGUGAACAGAAAUUCGUCGUUUCUGUUCCUUGAUAUAUAUAUUUUGCUCUGUGAGAAAAAUUCGAUGGUAAACGAGCGAUGCGAAAGUUGCAUCGUUCGAAUCUCCUAUUUUAACCCUCUCAUAUGUAAAUUUUAUUGUACAUUCUGAAAGGUAACUACAAGUUAUUUAAAACGCGUAAACUAUAAAUCGCCUUACUUUAUAAACAUUCCAUUAAAAAAAAAAAUGAAGAAAAAAGAAAAAAAAACAAAUACUAUGUCAAUUAAAUUAAUAUAUAUCUGUAUGUAUGUAUGUAUACAAGUGCGAAUUAUCCUAUUUCAUAGGUUUACAGGAUCUUUCUUGUACUCUGUGUUACACGUAUGAGGAGCAAAGUUGCAAGGCUUAACGCUCCCGGUCGAUUGAUACAAUUUUAUUAAAGCAAAGUAAACUUUUAAAAUAAUUGUUUAAAGGACAUUAUUUAUUAGAUUAUUACCAUAGAAGUUAGUAUCUGUUGUCCGUACUGUUUCGUUCUCCUUCCGCUGUCGCUAAAUAUUUAUUUUACAUUUUAUUGCUGUUCAAACUUUUACAAAGUGUAACGAUUAUAUAUAUAGUUUUUCCUUUUUUUUUUUAUUUUUAUUAUUAUUAAAUUAAACUCGCACCAAACAGCUAUGAAGAGGGCAAAAUGCUAAUUGAAUUGUUACUUCGCGAUAGGUCUUUCAUGCUUUCAACGUUUGUCACCAACUUAAAUUACCAAGUACAAACUCGUAAGAAUACAUUGUUAUAGAAUCUUUAUAUGAGAGGGUUAAACUGGUAACCUUAUCGAAUCUGAAGACCUGUAAGUGUAACGAAUCUAACAAAGAUUUAAUGAAAUAUAAAUGUUAGAAGGAGUCACAAACUAUGGGGAAAAUGUGAUCGAACGGUGGCCAAUGGACAGUGUCACGGAUAUUUAAGAAUCUACGAAUAUAUUGUAACGCGUGGCAACGGCUUCAGCCAUACAAAACGCUAAAAUUAAUCGACAAUUGUAUUAAGUAGGCAUUUUUUUGGGGGUAACCAAAGAUUAAUCUCUCCUAUAUCAUCUCAGAUCAUUGCAAUUUAAUUGGUUAACAGGGAUUUCUAAUCAGGGAUCAUCGUAUAGAUUAAAAACUACUUCCAAUUCGAUUAAGCAUUAAGAAAAUUAGAAAUAUUAUAACGGAGUUGAAGUUUCAAAGGAAAUAAAUCGAAUAACUUGCUAUAGUUUACCUCGAUAAUCAAACGUGCUUCGUUAUGGCAAUGAUAGAAUUUUUUCCUCUUCACAAUUUUAGCAAAGAUACAUUUGCAAAUUUCUAAGUACGCUCUUCCAUGAAAGUCUUCGUGUACUGUACGAAUAUAAGAGAAGGAACGAUUGUAAUUUAUUAUUUAGACUUCGUAGGAUGCUGACGAUCCUUUUAAACUCUGAUGUAAUUGCGUCGUGGGAUGUGUACGUUUGAUUUUAAGCGAUUUUAGUUCAUCGUGAGAUCAUUUUUUCUUUUACGCGAAUCAGCCACUACUGAACAUUGAUGUCCGCGCAAGCAAUCCGAUGUCGUCGAACCCGUGUCUAAAUUGUCCGGUUUCUAAUCAUCGCUGUCUAAACGUCUAUUUGUUAAAUAUGCAUAAAUAUAUAUACAUAUAUAUAUAUAUUAAAUAGUUACAGAGGCAUAGUAAUACUAAAUUGUUGUUACGAAGACGAUGUUGUGUAUUUCGUGCGUCGUGAAUUCAAUGUAUAAUCGCGAAUCUUAACACCUUACCUGCCAUUCAGAAUUGUAAUUAAAAAAAACAGAAAUCCGAUAUCUCGGUCAAUAUUAAUUGCGUCUAUCAGAAGGUUCAUUAAUGAAUUUCCGGUUGGUAAGGUGUUAACGGAGACAACGUGAAUUAAUGAUCGCGAUGUCCGAUAUGUGAUAGCCGUUAGAAUUUCCUCGGCUCGUUUUUCCGUAAUGUUUGUUCUUACGAACGCUGCCAUGAUAGCGUGAAGUUUUAAUUACGAUUUAAUUGCGUUUCGUUUAAACGUCAUAAUCCUAAGAUUUACCGUUCGACUUGUAAUUAAUAAUUUAAUAAUCGCUUCGUUUUGCCAUAACGCGUUACACGAUGCCAAGAAAUUCAUUGGAACAAGGAUCUUUUUAAAAUAGAGAGAAGCAUUCGCUUCCUCUUCUUGAGAAAAUGAGAGAGAAAAAAAAAAAAGAAAAAGAAGCACUCGAUGCGCGCGUAUUUUGUGUACAGUCUUGUAAUAUUGCGCGCAAAGUUUAGCGUUUCAAUUUUGAUCAAAGUCUAUCGAUAGCGAACUGUUUUUGUUAGGACUAUCUUCGAAUUUUAUAUAACGAAAAAGCACUGUUGUACUAAAUGCUUAGUCAGAUUUAAAAUAACUUUGAAAAUUUUCAAUGUAUGCACGUUCCUCCUACUCUUGGGUUACCUUUUUAAAGGGCAUGUUAUCGGUACAAUCACGUUUAUUACUAUUAUUAUUACUAUUAUUACUAUUAUAGUCAUCAAGCAUUAGUGUCAUCGUCGUUAUCAUCGCAACUAUUAUAUUUCUCAUCGUAUUACUAUAUUAUAUUUCUCUAACAUUUGUAAUUAGUCCACAAUGCCCUUUUAUAUUAUCUAUAUAUUUAUUAAAAAACAAAAGUUUAUCUUCAAGUAUUCGUACGAUGUAUAUAUACGCACAUACUGUCACGAAAUUUUAAACUUUACUUGGAACCUCCAUGUUCUCAGGGCUUCAAAUACAAAAGUGAAAGCGAAGAGAGUUGCUGAAGAUUCUUUGAUCGCACUUUUCUUGAAAAUGUUACGUGUACCUUUCUUUUUUCAUUUGAAAAAAAAAAACCAGAUUAUAAUAACAAUGUAGUCUGCGAAUACGGAGGUUUUAUCGCGGUUCUUUCGAUUUUCUUGAAUGCACGAAAGGAAAGGAGAAUCGAUGUUUUCGUAGUUUCUCUCUUUUUCACCCUCCAACCACCCUCUCUUUGAUUAAGCGUGAAUGUAACGUGUGAUUUUAUAGAAAUUUGUGUGUGUCUAUUUCAUAAUAUUCUCAGGCGUGUGUCGGUACACGGAGAAAAGUGUGUUAACGAAAAUAGAAAUGAAAAGAAACCACCGGAACAGGUACCAAAGUUUUUGUAAGACAAUUUCGAAAGGACGAAUAACGUGUACUACUCUAGACCCAUUUAGGAUUAAUUUCCCCUGUACGUUACUGAGAGCGAUUAGUAACCGAUUUAACAGUAUUACAUUAUUCACAGUUUUACAUUCGCAAAGUUUGUCCACGAAGAAUGAGCUAAAGGUUUUCUUUUCCCUCCCGUAAGCUUUAAGGUACUUCGAGUAUCCUCAUCACUGACUAAAUAAAGAGAAAAUGAAUAAUCUGACGUUACGCAUCUCUUCGAACGACUAGAGAUCAUUUAAUGAAAUAUACCUGAAAAGUCGUUUUAAUUUUUAUAUGACGAGACAAAGUAAGAAAGAACAAGAGUUAGGCGUGAAAGUUAGAGGAAGAAAAUAAUAUCAAAAUAUUUUCUGGAUAAACGAAAGAAAGGAAACGCAGUCUUUGUCGUUUAGUUGAUCGACUAUAACAUUAGAUAGCAAAACGUACUGAGAUAUUACAAAGAACAGAGAUUUAAAUUAAGAUGGAAAGGAAAAAAUUGUACAUAAGAGUGACGUGACUUUAAAAUGACUACCGCACAUAAAUGUAUCUAAUAAUUAUUUAAUAUAUUGCAGAUAUAAAUGGCA